GCUAAGUCAUCCGGAAACAGGGGCUUAAUGUAAUAUCCCCGUUUUCGGUAUUCUCGAGGCAACGCGAGAGUCUGAAGCAGAGAGGGUCGUAAAUGCUGAAUUUAUGCGGCAAACUCUAGAUGGUUUUAUGCCAAUGGGAAUAUGGAAAAGAGCGGGGUACGAAUAACAUUUGAACUGAGAAAAAUAGUGAGGAUGAGGCCGGAAGCUGGAACUGCUCUCGUUUAACGAAUGCAGCACCUUCACAAAAAACGCGUUGAACUCAUCAGCAUGUUUUUCUCCCAUCGUGUAAGGCUAACGCGUGAAAACAGCGUGCAUAAGAAUAUUAUACCACAGGUUGUCUCUGGAUCACCCUGAAAAUCCAAUUUCAAUAAUAAACAAUUUGCAUCGUUCAAACAAAGAGUGGCUGGAAUAACAAAGGGAUUAGCCACGAUAUUCUCACGUGUGCCGACUCUCUUGUGCUGCUAUUGUUGCCACAUAUCGUUGUGUGUUCUUGUUUAUCGUACGGCGAAACUUGCUUCGCAAACAAAGGCAAGCAGCAACGAGAUUUGUAUUAAAUUGUAACGAACUCUCCACGUAUCUGCACAACGUCGAUGUUUUAUUGUAUUUUACGAGGACAACAAGUUACGAUGGAAGAUAUUACACCUGUGUCCGCAAACGGAAACCAACGGACGUCAUGAAAUUGUGUGGUGUAUGCUCGAAUAUUAUCGUCGUGUUCGAUCUGUUUGAUUAUUUGCAACCCAGUGCCAAUAGUAAACGCUCGACAAAGUGAAGCGAAAACUGUAAAGUGAGGUGGCAUAAACGCAUUUAAGGGGGAAUAUCAGUGUGAAAAAAGAGCUUGGGCGCAAAAGAGCUUCUGUAUGGUCCAUGGAUAGCAGACUAAUCGAAAUAAAUUCUUCGCCCAAGUUGGUAAUCGUAAAUCGAUUCUCCAGUGUACCUGGGAAAAUUGGGGGCCGAAGGAUGUUCGAGGAAUUACAGCGAGUAGAAAAAUUACGAUAAUGUGGACGACGUGGCCAAGAACGAGGCGGAAGCGGCGUAAUCCGCGCUUGGCCAAAACGCAGUGGGAUCGUGAGAGACGGUCUCAGACCGAGCGUCUUCGUAGUUCCUCACCGCCACCACGUCGUCACACUCACAACCACUAUCAUCACGACUAUCACCAUCGUCGUCAUCAUCAUUACCGUCAUCAUUAUCAUCAUCAUCACACUCGUGGAACAGGUUUUCGUAUUAUUUACUCGAUGGUAUUGGCCGCUUGGGUCGCGAGCAACGAGGCUAAGAGCAUCGAGUGUCCGCAAACCGAGACGAUACCCGGAUGUCCCUGUUACAAUUUCGAGGAUGGUUUGUUUCUCGAGUGUGCUGGUGCUACAGAAGAAUCAUUGAGGAUAGCAUUGAACGGCGUACUGACCGUGGCGGGUACUCAAGAAUCGAUGGUACAGUCGUUGAGUGUUUACGAGCUUGACCGGAGGGUCGAGGAACUCAAAGCGAGCGUAUUUCCACCAGGCACUCGAAUACGUCAUCUACAAAUAUCGCAUUCGGGGAUACGCGAGGUCAACGAGGAUGCGUUCGAGAGGUUGAAAACGAGCCUCGAGUCAUUGGCAUUGAUCUCGGGUCACCUGCAACAUGUGCCGCAGAAAGCCCUCGCAAAUCUCGCCCGUUUAACUGCUCUCGAUCUCGAGGCGAAUCACAUUCACGAUCUACCGAGUUAUAAUUUUUACGGUCUGUCACUGAUAAAACUUAAUUUGGAGGGAAACCAGAUUACGAAAAUAUCGGAAUACGCUUUCGCCGGUCUCGAAAAUACACUCACCGACCUCAAUCUCGCCGAGAACAAAAUAAGAAUGUUUCCGAUGACGGCACUCCGACGUUUGGAGCAUUUGACCUCGUUGAGGCUCGCUUGGAACGAAAUUUCACAAUUACCCGGUGACGGUUAUUCGCGCCUGAAUGCCCUUAAUUUUUUCGAUCUGAGCAGCAACAAUUUUGUGAUAAUACCGUUGAAUUGCUUCCGUUGUUGCCCUCUGCUCAGAACGUUAACGCUCUAUUACAACGCGAUUGAGACGAUCGAUAAGGACGCCUUUAUAUCUCUCAUUGAUCUCGAGUCCAUUGAUCUGAGUCACAACAAAAUCGUUUUUCUCGACGUAGCGACUUUUCGUGCCAAUCAAAAGCUCCGUUCGAUUGAUCUCAACAACAACCACAUACACUAUAUACGCGGUGUAUUCUCGAGGCUUCCCGAGCUGAAGGAACUUUUUCUCACGGAGAACAAUAUACUGGAAAUACCAGCCGAAGCGUUUGCCGGUAGCUCGAGCCUCUCGGUCAUUUAUCUCCAACGAAAUGCAAUCCGAAGAAUAGACUCGAGGGGAUUGGCCAGCCUCGGUCAACUCGGUCAGCUUCAUCUAAGCGGCAAUUACAUAGAGAGAGUGCCUCGUGAUUUUCUCGAGCAUUGCGAGAAUCUCUCGACGCUAUCCCUCGACGGUAAUAACAUUCGUGAGCUCGAGGUUGGCACGUUCGCCAAAGCUAAACAACUUCGAGAACUUCGAUUGCAGGACAAUCAAAUAACAGAGGUGAGACGCGGCGUGUUCACACCGUUACCCUCCCUCCUCGAGCUGCAUUUGCAGAACAACGCUAUUACCGAUAUGGAGACCGGAGCACUGAGAUCACUUCACAGUCUCCAGCACGUCAAUCUUCAGGGUAAUCUUUUAGCCGUACUAGGCGAUGUGUUUCAAGUGUCAAACGACGUCGGACAAAACGGUGUUGGAGGAAGUUCGUUGGUGUCCAUUCAACUGGACAACAAUGGCCUCGGAGUACUGCACAACGAUUCUCUUCGCGGCCAAGCCUCCGUGAGGAUAAUGUGGCUCGGUCACAAUCGUCUGACCCGUCUGCAAGCGCCUUUAUUUCGUGACCUCCUCCUCGUCGAAAGACUUUAUCUAACCAACAAUUCGAUAUCGCGAAUCGAGGACACAGCGUUUCAGCCGAUGCAGGCCCUCAAGUUUCUCGAGCUCAGUAUGAAUCGAUUGAGUCACGUCACUGCAAGAACUUUCUCGGAAUUGCACGAACUCGAGGAGCUCUAUCUCCAGGAUAACGGUCUCCGUCGACUCGACGCUUAUUCCCUCACGGCUCUCAAGAGACUUCGCGUUCUCGAUCUCGCCAACAAUCAUCUCGGUAUAUUGCACGAUACGAUAUUUCAAGAGGGUUUACCAAUAAGGACCUUGAAUCUGCGUAAUUGCACGGUAAGCGUGAUCGAGCGGGGCGCGUUUAGAGGUUUGAACAAUCUUUAUGAGCUUAAUUUGGAAAACAAUCGUCUGACGGCGAACGCUCUCGAUCGUCUCGACAUACCCGGAUUAAGAGUUCUUCGUAUUUCCAACAACAACUUCAGCCUGAUAAACAGCGAAUCGCUCGACGGUCUCCCCUCGCUUCAGUAUCUUUCGAUGGACUCGUCCCAACUGCAUCGCAUGCCAACUGAAAUCUUCUCGAAAAACAAAAAUCUCGGAAAGCUCCUGUUGAGCAACAAUCUUCUGAGAACAAUGCCAGGUCUUCUGUUUCUUGGUUUGGAUUCUCUAAGAGAAGUGAAACUCGAUGGGAACAGAUUCCAGGAAGUUCCGUACGAGGUCUUUGUCAAUGCGACCACGAUAGAGUUUCUCUCGUUGGCGAACAAUUUUAUACCGCACGUCGACAUCUCACGACUAAGUGGGUUGACCAGUCUCCGAGAGUUGGAUCUUCACGGUAACUCAAUAAUGUCAUUAUCCGGAUUCGCGGCUGCUAACUUCUCGAGGUUACUAUCCGUCGAUCUCAGUCACAAUCACCUGACCGCUCUACCUGCUAACUUCUUCGUUCACGCGAAUCAACUUCGCAAGGUCGAGCUUGCGGGUAAUAAGUUUCGUCAGAUACCAAGCGUCGCACUCUCCGCCCAAAACAUACCGAGUCUAGGAUGGCUCAACGUAACGUCCAAUCCCUUAACGAGGAUACAUGAAUUCAGUGCUGAAUCUAAAUACCCGGAGCUCGAGGAGAUACACAUAUGUGGCACGAAUCUUACGAUCGUUACCAGCCAAGACUUCGAAGCAUUUCCAUCGCUGCUGCAUCUCUUCAUGAGCAACAAUCUUAUAUCGAGAGUAUCGCCGAGUGCAUUCCGCAGUCUCCCGAAACUCCUAACUCUCGACAUAUCCAUGAAUGAGCUGGAACUGUUACCUCAGGAGAGACUCAAGGGCUUAGAGAAUCUACGAAUUUUCAACAUCACCCACAACAAGCUCAAGGAAUUGGAGGAUUUUCCGGCGGACCUUAAGGCCCUACAAAUUCUUGAUCUCUCCUACAAUCAAAUAACAGGCGUUGGCAAAAACACUUUUCAACAUUUAGAGAAUCUCGCCGAACUCCACUUGUACGGCAAUUGGAUAUCGUUCAUAUCACCCGAUGCUUUUAGGCCACUCAAGAAACUUCGCAUUCUCGACUUGAGUCACAAUUAUCUCGAAAAUUUACCGCUGAACGCAUUCAGGCCGCUGGAGACACAGAUACGAAGCCUGCGAACCGAAGAGAAUCCUCUUCACUGCGAUUGCGAGUCUCAAGAGCUUUGGGAAUGGUUGCGCGAUCACCAGAAACUUGUUGGUGGCGGAGUUGGUAGAAAUCGAGGUAACAGCGGAAGCGGACCGAACGGGGCAGCCAGUGGUAUGAGGAUGAACGACAUUGAAGGGGGAUUGUUGAGAUGUGAGCAGCCACCCGAGCUCCGUGGUCUCGUCUUUCUGGAAUUGGAUCCCCAUGCCUUUUGUUCGGCUCCGUUGGUUCUCAAAUUAGCCAUUCAAGACAUCCAGCCUUUUUCGGUUGUCGUCUCGUGGCAAAGCCGCAAUCAAACUGGACUCCAUGGCUAUCAGGUGGCCUAUCAUGCUCUGGACAAUAUAGAUGAGGUUAGAGGAAAAAUGUUGGAUCCCAAUGCGAGAUCCGUGAAGCUCGGAAAAUUGUCGUCGAACACGCGUUACCUUAUUUGCGUUCUGGGCUUGGGUAAUUGGUUGACGAGGGUCGACGAAGCCAAUGUAAUCGGUCAAUUUAAUGUCUCUCACGAGGACGUUUUUGAGUCAGAUUCACUCCCGGAAAUGGUUGAUUCAGCAACUAGUAGAUGUACCGAGGUGAGAACACUGGAGGCACCGGACGCGAUAGUGAGCAGCGAUGGUUCACCAAUGAGUGACGUGAGUGGUGUCACAAGCAUACUGACACGAAGAUUGGGUCUCAUAGUGGGUUGCUGCAUGGGUUUCGUUGUGUUUAUACUACUCGUGUCGGUGCUCGGUUAUCUGAAGGUGAAGAAACAGCGGGAGGCGGUUAAGCGGGAUGCUCAACCGAUACCACCGGAAUAUAUAUCGUACAGACACUUUAGUAUCCAAAGUGGCGAGGCUGGGCAAGCGGCAAGGGCCGCUAGUCAGGAUGGCCAACCUCCGACGACCUUUUUGACUACUGUCGCUAACAACAACUCGACGACGUUGAACGUCUAACGCGUCCUUCGAGAACACCCUUUUUCGAUUGGUGACCGGCCGUGCGCAUGAAACUUGGUGCGAAUGAGCGAAUAUAUGUGUUUACCUCGUUGUUCGUAAGUGCAAAUGUGGGUGAUCUUGGCCGAUCGAAAACAUUUGAUCCUCAUGAUUAUACGAGGAAUAGUGAAAUAGGUACUUCAAAUUGGUGUACAGAGAGAUUUUGCUUCGGGAAUUCAUUGAUUCCCCGAGGCUUGUCGCAACAUUAUGAGUAAGUGGGGUUAGCAGUUUUGUGAUUUUAUAAACAGUUUUUUACGAACUCUUCAAUUGUUCGCGCGUCAAACGAUCGAACUGGAUUAAAAAACGAAUGUCGAAUAAUAUUUCGACGGUGACAGGCGUACUGAAGCACGCUCAAUGCGUCCGGCUCUCCAACCGAUCGUUACGUACAAUGGAAAUGAAGCAACGAUGCUUUAUUUUUUUUUUCUAAAGGAAAAGAGUACAUGAUUAUGAAAUCGAUUUUUUCGGUACAUUAAAAACUUAAUAUUUUUAGCAAUGGGGUUCCGGGACACUUUUUUCGAUGAACAACGCGACGAAUGUCCAUACGACCACUUACAACGAUACAACGAUUAAAAAGGGUACAUGAAUGUGUACUCAUGUGUAACUGCGAUGAACUGCAUUCUCAUCGUCGAAUACUCGACACACUCACUUGCUACAAUGAUUAUGACUACGGAGAGUCUUUUUUCCCUACCUUUCCCCUCGUAUUUCUGUCUCUUUAUUUCUCCCUUAUUUCCAAAACGCAUUCCACCUACUCUUGUCAUUAUAAUUAUGUCAUCUUUGUAUACGUUGUCGACUCCGUGAUCGUUUUGGGACAGUUUCUCGAAGUUAAUGCAACGACCGAAGCCGCGAGAGAUGAACCGACGGUGAUUAUAAUUCAACGUCUACGCCUCACUCUUGUACACAUUGUAAGGCACGUAUUUUCAGAGGACGGGGUUGCGGUAGAGUUUAUCUAUACAUAGAGGAUGUUCCAUGUCAAAUAAAACAAACUAAAUUUCGAAUGCGAAGUUCAUUACGUCGCUGAUGCAGCACUCAUUUGAAGAGGACUGAAAUCUUGACAUUGAAAUUAUAAUUAUUCUGAUCCUAUUUAUUCGGACUUGGUGCACGGAAAUUACCAUUUUUUCAAUUGUUAUUCCGUUCAAAAAUAUCACAUUCAACUGUGCAGAAUUUAUGAUGAAUCUGAAACAAGACAAAUUUGGAAUUUUCAUUGCUCAAAUUUCAUCGAACUUUUCAUUGAACUGUAACAGCAUUCGGAAUGUUUUUUUUUAAUAUUUUCCUCUCAAAUGAAUUCGAAGAGAAUAAAAGACAACAACAAAAAUGAACAGCAAAUAUCAUACAGUGAAACUACAAAAUCUGCUACGGUAUCUACCAAGCAAAAACGAUGAUCACGACUGUCGUACCCGAUGCUUUCCUUAGUCGAAUACCGUUCGAAUGACAGCUAGAGAACUAACCUUUUUGUCUCUGUUCGAAACACUGGGCCAGCAAAAUUAUUUUUCUCUCAUGAUGAGCUCGUGCUAAGAGAAAGGGUCCAAGGUUACAAAGUAUUACUAAAUGUGAAAAGUUUCGUUUCGAUUCUCCGUCAAUUAGACAAAAGUACAGAAGCUUUUGAUCCCAUAGAUCAUGCAAAUUUGAUGAAACGUCUACGGUUAGGAAUUAUUAAAUUUUUCAUUUUACCCACUCCUCAUAUGAACCGAAUACUGAAUAAAGGUACAGUAAAAACUUGGUCGAACAACAGCACAUCGAAAAAAAAAACAAAAAAACAAAAAAAACAAUUAAAACAUACAAUCGAUAGAUUCGUUAAAAAUAAUUAUUUGAAAUUGUUCGUCUAAAUGGAGUGAGGUAUUGUGUAUAAAAAAUUGAUCGUGAGUUUUGAAUAAAAUACAAUAAGCAAGAAAAUUAGUCUUGCAUGAGAUAUUCCGUUUUCAUUAACAUACUCCUGUGCCUGGAGCCCCUCUCCUUGCCUGCCUCGCGCACGUUAUUUAAUUGGAGGCGCCCACUGAAUGAAUGAUUGAUUCGACUGUUCCACUGUGACGAGAUGCAGAAUUAAUAUGUACAUGAAUAGCCAGCAGGCUUGUUUGUAUGGAAAAUCACAGAAAUUAUUGUGCCAUCAAAACAAUUACAAGGAAUUAUGCUCUUGGAAUCGUCGUUGCCAUUCUGAUGGGAUUCGUAUUCCGGAUUAUCUCAUAACGAUAAACAUAUUCGACGAGCUGUUCCUUUGUGAGGCAAAAAUUCAUUGUCAUUGGGAAGAAAGAAAAAAAAUCGUAAAAUGGAUUCUCGUCUGCGAAAGUCCGCUCGUAACGAGCUUCGACUUUUGCACUCGAUUCUUUCCACGUCGCCGUUGAAUAUUAAUUAUACGAUGAAAAAUGUAAAAAUUGAAUCGUUUUUUUUUUCAUUUGUUUAUUAUACUGCGCCGUAAUCACAAAUCAGGGGAUGCAUCGCCGGCGAUUUAAGAGAUCGGACAAUAGAAGGUAAAACGAACAGUGGAAUAAUGUAACUGCCGUGACCGACGCACUAGGUCGCAUUGAUUUUGCUCCGAACGAAUUGCAUCAGAUAGGUUAUACGUUAAAUACUACAAUUGUACCAUAUAAUACACGUACGUCACUGUAAUAAAAUGCAAGAAAAAUUUUUUCAUA